AUGAGAGAGGUGGCGCAGGCAUACGAGCUCAUCAAGAGCCAUCAGCCUCGCCUCCAAUUCGAUGACGUGCAGCAACUAUCGGCAACCACCAAUCUAGCACAGAGCCUCCUCAACAAUGCCAUGCGAGCCCUGCACCUCGCCUUAUGUGUCAUGAAUCCUCAAACUUCUGCUCAUUGUGGUGCUGAGAGCUCAUCAAGAUCCAACAGGCCUCAUCUCUUCUCGCCAAGCGCUGCAGCAGGUGAUGUGGGAGGAAUAACGAGACAGCAGAAAAAGGGCAAAAGGAGAAGAGCAAAUGAAGAGACCUCAUGGGUUAUUCUGACUGAAGCACCCCAUACUGAUGGGCACUACUUCAGGUGCAGCUACAAAUAUGACAGAGGUUGCCAGGCAACGAAGCAAAUCCAGCAACAGAGUAGCAACGACCUUCCCAUGUUUCAAGGUGACAAGGCGCUCCCGCCGGCAAAAAACAUGGCGCUUCAAUGA